GCAGGCUUUGAUUUCUUAAGUGCAGAUAUCUUUACUCUAUCUAAAUGAGUCCAAUUAAAAAUGACUCAGCUGACCAACAUAGUCAAUAAAUUGUGUUGGUCGUAGUUCUACUGUAGAUAUUCUUGAACACGAUAGUUAAGUGUUCUUGCAUUACUUUUGAUUAUUUGUUGGUCAUUAUUUCUGAGGCAGCAUAAAUUUGCACAGAUAAAAAUGGAGUAUCUGAAAGUAGAUUAUUAUGCAGCAAUGAAAGAUACUCAUUGGGAUCCUAUUUUCAGACAACUUGCUCAAUUACUAUCCAAUCGUCUAUUAGAGGUGUGUUAUUCUCGAACAAAUUUACCAGGCGAUCUAUGGGGAUUAUCAAAACUGCAAAAGGUUCACCUUGAAGGUGAUAUAAAAGCACGGAACAACUGUCACGUGGAUGCUAAUAGUGGUAGUAGUAGUAGUAGUAGUCGACCUUGCUCAAAAAUCCGCCUGUUUCUAAAAUAUUUCAAUGAAAAUAAUCAUAAUAAUAGUGAUAGUGGUGGGGGAACGGAAUCACAAUGUAUCGUCAACUUGGAGAAGGUUACCCUGACUACCAAGCAACCAAUGUCUCCGUGUUUCUUACAACCUUAUAUUCAGAUGCACCAAGAGAGAUUAGAACCGUAUAACUGUCCGAUGAAAUCACAAAAUGGAUAUCACAUUGCUGAAAGAAAUCAUGGAUAUUUACCUGUCAAUUUAUCGCAGUGUUACACAAUGGAUUUACCUCUUAAUUCAUCAUCAAAUAUUCCGUUAAUACCUCGAGUUGACAACCCACCGAUACUAGAUCUUCUUCAAAUGACUGAUUAUACAAAGCCGUCUUUGUGGAAUGUAAAUAAUUUGACAAAUACGCCUAAUGACCUAAACAGUCGAUUGUUAAGGCUUCUAAAUCUUCAGGCUUUUAAUAAUCGAUUAGGUUUUUUGAAUAAUACUCAAUUUCUUAAUAAUUUAGUACAUAAAGAAUACCAAAGUCUUCUCAAUCUGAUCAACAUACUCUCGUGCUCAAAGUACCAACAUUUACUCACAGAAACAUGCCAUACAACACCAUACAGUAACCCUCUACAUAUGAAUCGAUUACUACUAACUACUGACGAGCUAUCGAUGAAAGCAGCAGACACAUUAUUCAACAGGCACAACUGUAUUCACAAUGAAUCAAGCACUAUUUUAAAAAACGCGCUAUCAACACCACUGAAGACAUUGGACUUCUCACAUAGGAGAGAUGAUGCUAAUUUUGAAAAUAGCUUUUUAAUCUACCAACCAUUAUUAACACAGAUUAACAACAAUUUUUCAAGAGCUAACUACAACUUAAUGAGGGCAAAUCAUUUGCCUUUCUAUCGCCCUAUUCAUCCUGUUCAUCUUCAACCUCGGGUUGUUUUUAACGUUUUAUCUCCGAAUUCAACAUCUGUGGAUCAAUUAAAUUUUCUUCUGAAAACUGUUUCGCCAUCAAAUAAAAGAUACUGUCGUCUUGAUAUGUUAUUUGUGCAAGAUGAGGCUAAGACUCGAUUCAUGUGUCAACAAUGUAAACGUGAAUGGACUUCUAUGAAAGGUACCAUAUCAUUUUUGGUAAUUCUGUCAGCCUACACCACGGGAUUAAUACACCUCUUCGAUUAUUGGAUAAUUAAUCCAGGAGCUAAUGUAUUCUUUGAAAUUUUUCCACAAGUCUGUUCAACUUGUCAAAAUCUCUGUGAACCGAAAUGGUAUCCUGAAGAAAUAGACAAGGUAAUUCGUAAUUUAUUUGUUAAAAUUCAUCAUAAUUUCUACAAAUCUGUUGUCCAUUGGGAUGAUCGUUGGGACAAAAGAAGAAGAGACGGGAAACCGAUUGGUCCACACAAUUCACAAAAUUGUAUAGCAUGUCAAAAUGGAUUGUGUCGUGGUGUGAAUGCAAAUAGUAAAGCUCAUGUGAAUGAUACAGGAACUGAACCUGGAACCAAUGAAGCAUUAAACACAAAUGAUAAUCCUUUAUCUUCAACGUCAUCAUCAUCAACGGAAGGAGAUCUGUCGUCAGCACAAAUUCAGCAAAGUCAAGAAGGAGGGCUUCUCAUGGAAAAUCCGCCUAAAUCACCUCCUUGUAAACGUAGAGCUGUAGAAUAGUUGGA